AUGUCAUUCACCGGGACUCAAGGGGCUAGCAUUAGCAGUCGGCCGAGCUGGCAAGAUCAGCUCAAUGCCUACUGUACCAGUACUAAGCGGACUCCUCCUGUCUUCAACAUCGUCUCCGAUCGGCGAGGAGGCCGUACUGCUUGGUCUAGUACUGUCACCGUCCAGGGAAUCGUGACUCCUAUUGCGGCCCGCUACUGGUAUGACGGGCAAUUCGUCAACAAUGCGAAAGAGGACGCCGCCGAGGUUGCCCUGAAGACAUUGAGCCAACAACCUAGGACUUCAACUGUCUAUCCAGGCCAGCUCUAUACCCAGCAAUCGACCGGCUUUGGUCGUGGUGCUGGUGGAUUCUGA